CCCUAUUUUCUGAAGGCAUAACUUGUGUAUUAAAAGCCAACGAAAAGAGGAGCCAUUCCGGCCGAAUACGCGCUUCUUCGUAAUCAUCGUAUAACUAGCGUUUUGUACACAAAACCAUAGUGGAAGGAGAAUGACAUAUUUGGAUUUAUGAUCAGUAGCAGGACAGCGGAUCAGUGAUCAGUGGAUAUGGGAAGCAGAAUGAAAUAUUUGGAUUCAUGGAAGGCCUUGGUAGUUUUAGCAGUUUUAGAAUUAUUAUCAGGAAGAGGAGUAGUUGAAUGUGCGGUGAAGGAGGCAUUCAGACGCGAUCCAGGGCACCCGCAGUGGCAUCACAGUGCCUUCCAAGAUAUCUCCGACCUGAGGUCCGAAGUGCACGAAAUGCUUCAUUCUUCCACAGCCGAGGUUCCUUUUCGGGUUCCACUUGAAAUAAAUAUUGUGCUGGUUGGAUUCAAUGGUGAUGGUGGCUAUAGGUACUCUUUGGAUGCUCGCAAGCUGGAGGAGUUUAUGAAACGGAGCUUUCCAUCACACCAUCCUGCAUGUUUGGAGACUGCUUUACCAUUGGACAUUGAGCAUGAACUUCAUUAUAAUGUUAUUCCUGUUGGGCAACCAGAGCUGAUAGCUUUGGAGCAAGCAGUGAGGAGUGCAAUGGUACCUUCAGGUUCAGCAAGGCAGAAUGAGUAUGGAAAAGAAGUACAACUACUAGAAGUUGAAGCAAAAACCAUUGAGCCAAUUUUUCAAAGACUUUACACCUACUUGUUUGGUGUUGAAGAAGAUUCUUCUGCUGCAGAGAUCAAUGGGCCAGUGCCAAAUGCAAUCUUCAUUCUAAAUUUCGACAAGGUUCGAAUGGACCCUGGGAAUAAAGAAAUUGAUUAUGAUACUUUAACAUAUGCCAGAAUUGAAGGACUUACCACUGAGCAAAUGAAGCAGCAAGAGGGGAAUUAUAUUUAUCGGUAUCGUUAUAAUGGAGGAGGAGCAUCACAAAUGUGGUUGAGCUCAGGCAGAUAUGCUGUCAUAGACCUUUCUGCAGGUCCAUGCACAUAUGGAAAGAUAGAAACAGAGGAAGGUAGUGUAAGUUACAGAACAGUUCCAAGGUUGUUAAAUAUACUUUUUCCAAGAGGUCAAGAUCCUAUUAGUGCAAGUUCCACACAUGAACUAGUUACUGGACAACUCUCGGCCCUUAUAUCUACAACUAUCGAGCAUGUUAUAGCUCCAGAUGUCCGGUUUGAGACUGUUGACUUGGCCACACGGAUACUUGUUCCUGUAAUAGUAUUACAAAACCAUAAUCAUUACAACCUCUUUGAAAGAGGCCAUAAUUACAGCAUCGAUAUGCCUGCCAUUGAGACAGAGGUAAAAAAGAUGGUUCACACUGGACAAGAGGUGGUACUUGUUGGAGGUGCCCACAGCCUACAUCGACAUGAGAAGUUAUCAAUUGCUGUCUCAAAAGCUCUCCGUGGUCACUCUGUUCAUGAGACAAAGUCAGAUGGUCGUUUUCACGUUCGGACUAGAAUGCAUCUAGAUGGCUCUAUUCUAAAAGAUGAAAUGGAACGUUCUGCAGAUGUUCUUGCAGCUGGCUUGCUUGAAGUUGCAGAUCCUGAACUUUCAAGCAAAUUCUUCCUCCAUCAGCGGUGGAUGGCUGAUGCAACAGAUUCUGAAGAUUCUGUUAUCAAAUCUCGACCAAAUUGGGUAUCUUAUAGAGCCAAGUAUUUUAAGGACAAAAAAGAAAAGGGGACCAGAAAGAAGCAGCAAGGAGAUCUUUAUAAAACAUAUGGCACCCGUGUAAUUCCUGUUUUUGUCCUAUCGCUAGCUGGCAUGGACAAAGAGCUAUUAAUGGAAGGAGAAACACAAGUCUGGACAGGCAAUGAUGUUGUAAUAGUCCUUCAACAUGAGAAUGAUGAAUUUCCUUUGAGUUAUGUCUCAGAAACAAAGAGAAGAUAUGCUGUUCCAAUGAAUUCACAACGCCAUAUUAUAGCUGGAUUAGCAUCAGUAGUUGGUGGAUUGGCGGCUCCAUAUGAAAAAGCCUCCCAUAUUCAUCAAAGACCAGUUUUGAACUGGUUAUGGGCAACAGGGUGUCAUCCCUUCGGUCCCUUCUCAAAUGUUUCCCAAAUUAGCCAGAUGCUUCGAGAUACUGCUUUGCGCAACACAAUCUAUUCACGCGUUGAUGCAACAUUACAUAAAAUUCGUGAUACAACAAAGCUUGUUCAAUCCUUUGCAAAUGAGCACUUGAAAACACCUAUUGGCGAGCCAGUGAAAGGGCAACGCAAAAAGACAAAAGUGGAGUUGUGGCUUGACAAAUUCUACACAAAGAAAACCAACUUACCAGAACCUUUUCCACAUGAACUGGUUGAGCGUCUAGAAAGUUAUCUUAGUAAUCUUGAAGAGGAGUUGGUGGGUCUGUCCUCACUGUUGUAUGACCACCGCUUGGAAGAUGCUCAUCGUAAUUCCUCCGAGAUCUUCCAAAAUGCAGCAUAUACCCAGGAAUAUGUGCACCGUGUGCUACUAUCCGAGAGGGACAAAAUGAGAUGUUGCUCAGUACAAUUUGAGGUUCCUGUACAAUCUUCUCAAGCAUUUAUGUAUGGUGGAAUUUUAAUCUCUGGGUUUAUUGUGUACUUUGUGGUUAUAUUUUUCUCAUCCCCUGAGCGCUGAUCAAUAUAAGUACUGGGUUCCACCUAAUUUUUUUGGAAACCAUACUAAACAAUGCUACUAUUUUAAUCAUAACGGAUUCCAUCUUUCAAUUGAACUGAUGGAUUAGUUUGCACAAGAAAUAGAGGGUUGUGAACAGACAAUAGCUUUUUUUACCUGUAGCAAGUGGGAUCUAAACCAAUUUUUGGCAAUCCAGCAAUUAUUAGUAUUUUUCUAUGUAGAAAUUGUAGAAGUAGAUUACCACCAAAUCCUGAAAGUUGAAUUGCCUCGAAGAUCUCAACAGUUUUCAUCAACAAUUCAGAACAUAGGCGGGAGGUUCAUUUCGUACAAAACUAAGAACAUUCAAAUGUCUGUAUCCCAUAUUUCAAAUUUUUCGUUUACCAGAUUGUACUGUAUAUUGAAAAUUUGGCAACGAGAAGAUAUCUGCCGUUAUUUUGAUAUAGAAAUAGUUAAAUACAUUUUCCCGUUAAGGGACAUUUGGUAAAAUAGCUAUGAGUUAUUUGUACUCA